AUGCCCAAACGCGUCCGUACGCCAAACUGCACCCAUGUUGACAUGGACCGCGUCUACACGCGCGAACUGCAGUGCUACGUUUGCGGCCGUUCGCCGUCCGUUGGUUUCCUCUAUGAGUGCAGGCAAGACUGCGACUUCAAAACCCUGCGUGACCAACUAGCGCAAGACGAGGACAGGAUUGAGCCAGUCAAGUCGGACUUGCGGUUGCAGUUGGAGGCCACUGGAUUUAGUGAGAGUAUCAUUCUUACGGCAGAGGGCGGCCAUUAUACCAACGCGCAACUCACCAAGCUCAAGGGACAGAAGGCGGAGCUGCGACAGAUCAUUUUGGAUGUGGAGCAAAAGACCGAGAUCAACGAUGCCGUGGCCAAAUUGACGUCUAUUGAUAAAGCCUCAACACACAACGACGGUGCGCUUAAUAGUACACCGGCGAAAGAUGAAACUGCUCCAGGAUGCGCCUUCAAAGCCUGUCAUAACUGCCGCCCAUAUUAUCGAGACCGCGUCUACAUCUCCUUCCACGCCGUCCUCUCUGCCGACUUUGCGCCCAUAACGCACAACGACGCCCAGCAACUGCCUAUCAAGUCCUCGCAGGUCAUGCGCAACAUUGGAAACACGGUCCACUCGUUCUCUUCCUCUCUGGUUCAUGCUACGACGCUGUCUACACUACCCACGUCGACCUCCUUUGCUACUUCCACCGAGGCCCCACAGACCGCCUCUACUGCUUCUUCAGACUCCAGUGAACUCACCUUCAAGACGACACAAACCGACAUGGACGAGAUCACGGCCCAGCGCCGUCCGCGACGCAGGUUCUAUAAGAUGGGCCAUCGCAACUCUGGGGACAUUGCACACGAUCUCUCCCGUCUCCCAGCAUUCCUCACCCGCCAAGGCCUCAAAUCCGCCGUCCAAGGCAUCUUCCGCACAGGCAGAGACUCCAGCUCCUCGGGCUCCAACGUCACGCUCCCACUGGCAAGAACAGGCACGGUGCGCAAUCUCAAUGAGUCAGAGUCAGUCGGCGAGUUCGACCUUGGGGCGCUGCGGCGUGUGCGCAGACAAAAGGAGAGGAACGAGCUCCGAAACGGGACCUACAGGGGGGGCUUUGAGGGUGUGAUAGCGAAGGCACACGCAACGGGCCAGCACGCAGUAUUCGCGUCGUCGCAUUCAAGAGACGACACUGGCACUGGUGCGGACGAGACGAGUAGCUCCGAGUCUGACUUUUCCGUCUACUCGUGCGCGUCCGAGGGCAGCGAGGUGGAAGUCGAAGGCGGUGUCGCACUCACCGAGGAGGCGGUGGAAACGCACACGCCGGACAUCCUGGCCGUCGACGUACCUGACCAAAAGCUCGAGGCUAGCAUGCAGAGCGUCGAGAUGGACGAGGAAGACGGCAUGGGAGCAGAUAUCGGUCUCCAGAGCAUCAUGGCACAGGUAUGA